GGUUCACAGAGUCGUCCCGUGGUGGUGGGCCCGCCUUCGUGUGACGCCUUGAAGGAUCUCCGAAGGGGUCUCCUCUCGUUCGAGUCACCUCCGCACUCGAGAUCGCUGCUCCAGGUAAACGCCGCCGGAUCGCUCUCCAUCUGUUCGAUCGAGGGGCCUCGUCUCUCGUCCUCUGCCUGGCUCCUUGAUCUCCUCUCUCCUCUCUCCUCUUCCGGGCAUGGCGCGAAAUCUUGGAUUCGUGGUGGGGUUCGCUGCUCUGAUCUGCGCCGCGCUGCUGUCCAUUUCGGCGGCCGCCAGCAUCCGGCCGAUCUCCGAUGCUCAUCGAUCCGCAGCGCUCGAGUUGUUCGUGCCCGUCGAUGGAUCGUUUCCGAGCUUGGAGGAAACUUAUGAAGCAUUAAGAACAUUUCAGAUUCUUGGAGUUGGAAAAACUUCUGAUAUAAGUAAUGCUACAUGUCCAGUUGUUCUAGACAAACUUAGAUCGCCUACUUCUAGUCCUAAGGAAUUCUUCAAUGCACUCAGACUAAAUGGCAUCUUGGGAUGCGAGAUUGGUUCUCAAACUUUUGAGAAUGUUGCAUCACAUCUUCAAGCUCUGAUAAAAGAUGCAGAUUCAUUGAUGGACUUAUAUUACUCUGUCAUUAGCUUGCUGCAUAUCAAGGGGCAAGGUGUUAGUGCUGUUUUAUCUGAUGCUGAAGGUGUUUUCCAUUCCAUAAAGGCACUUAGCCAAAGUGAUGGAAGGUGGCGGUAUGAUUCCAAUAAUGCUGAAUCUAGUACCUAUGCUGCUGGAAUAGCACUAGAGGCACUUGCUGCUGUUGUUUCCUUAGCAGAUGCAGAGGUGGAUCAAUCCAAGAUUGGAAUUGUAAAACAUGAUAUCGAGAAGCUAUUUGAUAGUAUCAAGAGCUAUGAUGAUGGAACCUUAUACUUUGAUGAGAAGCAUGUUGAUGGUAGUGAAUAUAAGGGUCCUCUCACAACUACAGCCUCAGUCGUCCGCGGUGUUACAGCUUUUGCUGCAGUUGCUGGAAAGUUGAAUAUUCCUGGUGAUAAAAUGUUGGGCUUGGCAAAAUUUUUUCUCAGCAUUGGAGUUCCUGGGAGCACCAAAGAUUCGUUCAAUCAGAUAGAUGCAUUAUCAUGCCUUGAAAGCAACAGGAUCUCUAUUCCCCUGAUUCUUUCACUUCCAGCUACUGUACUUUCUUUAACCUCAAAGGACCAGCUUAAGGUUGAGGUGACUACAGUGUUUGGUUCAGCUGCACCUCCAUUAACAGUGAUUUUGGUGCAAGCUUCCAGCUAUGAUAAGGACACUCCUGUCCUUGAGAACCAGGAGCUACAGUUUGACACAGAAAACAACAUCCAUUACUUGGAUAUCCUACCCCUGAAAAUUGAUGUUGGAAAGUAUACAUUAGAAUUUGAGAUCUCACUUCAUGACCCUGAGAACUUGAAUAUCUAUGCUACUGGUGGACGCGCCAACGCAUUGGCUUUUCUAACAGGAACCAUUAAAGUGGACAAGGCUCAAAUUGGGGUUUUUGAUAGUGAUGCAGAGAGUGCAGCGACAAUGCAAAAGUUAGAUCUAUCCCAAGACAACAGGAUUUCACUAGCAGCAAAUCAUCUUCAAAGGAUGCGUUUAACUUUUCAACUCGUGACUCCUCUUGGACACAAUUUUAAGCCACAUCAAGUGUUCCUAAAACUGAGGCAUGAAAGCAAAGUUGAGCACAUCUUUGCAUUGGAGAGCUCUGCCAGGCAGUUCAAGAUAAUACUAGAUUUUCUUGGGCUGGUGGAAAAAUUUUAUUACCUCUCAGGAAGAUAUGAAAUUGAGCUUGCCAUUGGUGAUGCUGCAAUGGAGAAUUCAUUCCUCCGUGUCCUUGGUUACAUUGAUUUAGACUUACCAGAACCACCAGAGAAAGCAUCACGUCCUCCACCACAACCUGUUGACCCAUACUCAAGAUUUGGGCCGAAGCCAGAGAUAUCACACAUCUUCCGAUCUCCAGAGAAGAGACCACCAAAGGAACUCUCUUUUGGUUUUUUGUCUUUAACCAUUGUACCACUUGUAGGAUUCCUGAUAGGGCUGCUACGUCUGGGAGUCAACUUUAAAGGCUUUCCUUCCUCAUCAGUGCCUGCACUCUUCUCCAUACUCUUCCAUGCUGGCAUUGCGGCUGUUCUGGUGCUCUAUGGGCUCUUUUGGCUGAAGUUGGAUCUCUUCACGACCUUAAAGGCGCUUGGCCUUCUUGGAGUUUUUCUGAUCUUUGUGGGCCACAGAACUCUUUCUCAUCUUGCUUCGACAUCGGCCAAGCUGAAGACUAAUUGAGAGGACAAUACAAAUGCCCGAAUAGACAUCAUUCUGUGUUGUCAUGCAUGGUGGACUUGCCAAGUUACUUGGCAUUACGACAAGAACAACCAUGUUUUAGGAACUCUAGAAAUAUGGAAGUAGACUUGUUCAGUUUUUGACAUAGCAAACAGUUAUCUGGCGGGGAAAAGAUUUUGCAAGAGGUUACAGUUAAUUUUGUUUCACAGUUAGCGCACGCUUGAAUGUGGAAUUUCCGCCCCUUUUGGACUGGA